AUGGUCUCUCUGUUGCAUCGACUGCCGAUCGCAGUACUGGCGUUCCUCGCUCUUGAGAAUGUGGGUGUUGGUGCCCGGCGGCUCAUGUCCAAGGCCGAGCUCCAUAUUCAUCAAGAGGAGGCAGCGAAGAGAUGGUCUGUACCACAGCGCCGGGCAAGCGGAGGUCCUGGUACCGUGCAGAACAUUACUUUCACAAACCCCCGCGCAGCAGAGUUUUACGUGGAUGGCGCGAACAUUCCACUUGUCGAUUUUGAUGUUGGACCCAGCUGGGCAGGACUUCUUCCAAUCAGCGAUGCACCCGAUGAGACGAGACAACUCUUCUUCUGGUUUUUCCCGCCUGGUCCCCAAGGCAGUCUGGACGACCUGAUCUUCUGGACGAAUGGAGGUCCUGGGUGUUCGUCGCUCGAAGGACUGCUACAGGAGCAUGGCCCGUUCAGCUGGUCAUGGGGUCAGGCCAAGCCCACACCUAACGAGCAGAGCUGGACGAACUUGUCCAGUAUCUUAUACGUGGAACAGCCAGUCGGGACAGGGUUCUCUCAGGGCGUACCAAAUAUCAAGAACGAAGACGAGCUCGCAGAACAACUCGUUGGAUUCCUGCAACAGUUCUUUAAUGUAUUCUCCGAGUUGAAUGGCAAGAACCUAUACUUGACCGGUGAAAGUUAUGCUGGUACAUACAUUCCUUACAUUGCCAACUAUCUCUACGACAACCCCAACCUACUGGACCUUCCUCUGAAGGGCUUUUGGAUAUCGGAUCCUUCUAUAUCCUGGGAUGUUGUCCAGGAGGAAAUACCUGCUGUCGAUUUCGUCCACAAAUAUCUCAACGUUUUUGCACUGAACGAAACCUUCAUGGAGUAUCUCGACGCUACGGCAGCGUCAUGCGGGUAUACUGGGUAUUACGAGAAGUAUGUUACCUACCCACCUCAAGGGCUGCUUCCCCUUCCAGGAUCUUCAGUCGAAUUCGACCCCGGAUGCGACGUUUGGGAUGCGAUUUUCAACGCCGCAUUGAUCACAAAUCCCGCGUUCGACAUCUACCGCAUCUUCGACACAUAUCCCAUUCUGUGGGACGUUCUUGGCUUCCCCGGCUCGUUCCCACAAACGCAGGUGUCUCCCCUCUACUUCAACCGCGACGACGUGAAGGCGCACAUUCACGCACCGAUGUAUGUUGACUGGACGGAAUGCUCAAACGUCAAUGUAUUCCCAGACGGGGACGCAAGUCUUCCACCAGUGUUCAGCGUUCUGCCGAGCGUCAUCGAGCGGAGCGAGCGCGCCGUGAUUGUACAUGGCCUGGCCGAUUUCAUUCUGAUUGCGGAGGGGACAAGAAUUGCUAUCCAAAACAUGACAUGGAACGGGCUGCAAGGCUUCCAAACACCCAUUGCCAACGACAGCUUCAUCGUUGAUGGCGUCGGGGCACUGGGCACGGCGCAUUCAGAGCGCGGUCUGACGUAUUUCGAAGUCGCGCUUAGUGGGCACAUGAUACCCCAAUUCUCGCCGGUGGCUGCGUUUCAGAUCAUGGAGUACCUCAUGGGCUUCAGAGAGAAUCCGUGA